UCUCCGUUUCUUCCACAUCCAAACUCAUUUCAUUUCUCUCUCUCUCGCAUUCCGUUCAAGAUCGUCGCUCUUUCUGUCUCUCUCUCUCUCUCGCAUUCCGUUCAAGACCGUCUCUCUCUCUCUCUCUCUCUCUCUCUCUCUCUCUCUCUCUCUCUCUCUCUCUUUGUGCGACUACGAUUUCUUAUUUCAGAAGUCUCAGGCCUUUGAGAGACAGAUAGCCAAGGAAAGCCAUGUCUGAACGCAGGCUAACACGUAUUCAUAGCCUUCGGGAGCGUAUGGGCGACACUCUAUCCUUCCAUCGGAAUGAAUUGUCUUCCCUUCUGUCGAGGUGUGUAAGCCAAGGGAAAGGAAUUCUACAACCACAUCAAUUGCUCGCUGAGUUUGAAGCUGUAAUACCUGAGGGGGACAAACAAAAACUAAAGGAAGGGGUAUUUGGAGGUGUUUUGAGAGCGACACAGGAAGCAAUAGUCUUGCCUCCAUGGGUUGCUUUAGCUGUUCGCCCGAGGCCUGGUGUCUGGGAAUAUGUACGCAUCAAUGUACACGAACUGGUUGUAGAGGAGUUGAAAGUUUCUGAGUAUCUUGAGUUUAAAGAACAACUUGUUGAUGAAGGCUUCAAAAGUAACUUUGUUCUUGAGUUGGACUUUGAGCCCUUCACCGAUUCUUUUCCUCGGCCGACUCAAACAAAAUCCAUUGGCAAUGGUGUGCAGUUCCUCAACCGCCACCUGUCUUCAAAAAUGUUUAAUGACAAAGAAAGCAUGCAUCCGCUGCUCGAUUUUCUUCGAGUGCAUAGCUACAAGGGGAAGACAAUGAUGCUGAAUGACAGGAUACAUAGCCUUAAUUCUCUCCAGUCUGUUAUGAGAAAGGCAGAGGAAUAUCUGUCAAUGCUCCCUCCAGAGACACCAUAUUCAGAGUUUGAUCACAGAUUCCAAGAGAUGGGUUUAGAGAAAGGGUGGGGUGCUACAGCUGAACGUGCAUUGGAGAUGGUUCAUCUACUCUUGGAACUCCUCGAGGCACCUGACCCAUUUACAUUGGAGAAGUUUCUUGGGAGGAUUCCCAUGGUGUUUAAUGUUGUAAUCCUUUCUCCCCAUGGAUACUUUGCCCAAGCUAAUGUUCUAGGAUUGCCUGACACUGGGGGCCAGAUUGUUUACAUUUUGGAUCAAGUUCGUGCCUUGGAGAAUGAGAUGCUUCUCAGAAUUCAACAGCAAGGCCUUGAUAUCACACCUCAAAUUCUUGUUGUCACUAGACUACUCCCUGAUGCAGUAGGGACUACUUGCAAUCAGCGUCUUGAGAAAAUCAUUGGAACAGAUCAUGCGAGCAUUCUGCGGGUUCCCUUCAGAACUGAGAAGGGAAUUCUCCGUAAAUGGAUCUCACGAUUUGAUGUAUGGCCGUACUUGGACACUUUUGCAGAGGAUGUUGCAAAUGAGAUUGUUGGCGAGCUGCAUGCCACACCAGAUCUUAUCAUUGGCAACUACAGUGAUGGAAAUCUUGUUGCGUCUUUGCUUGCACAUAGGCUGGGAGUUACCCAGUGCACCAUUGCUCAUGCCUUGGAGAAAACGAAGUAUCCAGAUUCUGACAUAUACUGGAAAAAAUUUGAUGAGAAGUACCAUUUCUCGUGCCAAUUUACUGCGGAUCUAAUCGCCAUGAACUAUACAGAUUUUAUUAUCACAAGUACAUACCAAGAGAUUGCGGGAAGCAAGGACACUGUUGGACAAUAUGAGAGCCAUAAAGCCUUCACUCUUCCGGGACUCUACCGAGUUGUUCAUGGUAUUGAUGUGUUUGAUCCCAAGUUCAACAUUGUCUCACCGGGAGCAGAUAUGUCUAUUUACUUCCCAUAUUCAGAGGAAGAGAAAAGACUCACUGCCCUCCAUCCUGAAAUAGAGGAACUACUCUACAGUCCUGUCCAGAACACAGAACACAUAUGCAUGUUGAACGACCGGAAUAAGCCAAUUAUAUUUUCGAUGGCAAGACUUGACCGUGUUAAGAACUUAACUGGAUUGGUUGAGUGGUUUGGCAAGAAUGCGCGGCUCAGGGAACUGGUUAACCUUGUAAUUGUGGCUGGUGACCAUGGGAAAGAGUCGCAGGAUCGGGAGGAACAAGAUGAAAUGAAGAAGAUGAAGUGGCUUAUUGAAACAUACAAGUUGAAUGGCCAGUUCCGAUGGAUUUCUGCCCAAAUGAAUCGGGUGCGCAACGGUGAGCUCUAUCGAUGCAUAGCAGACACAAAAGGAGCUUUCAUACAGCCAGCAUUGUAUGAAGCUUUUGGACUCACUGUUGUUGAAGCCAUGACAUGCGGUCUGCCCACCUUCGCAACUGAUCAUGGUGGGCCCGCUGAGAUCAUAGUACACGGGACAUCAGGAUUCCACAUUGAUCCCUACCAAGGUGAUAAAGCUGCCGAUCUCAUCGCUGACUUCUUUGAGAAGUGCAAGGAAGAUCCGGCCCACUGGGAUAUGGUCUCACAAGGAGGACUGAAGCGCAUUUAUGAAAAGUAUACAUGGCAGAUCUAUUCUGAGAGGUUGAUGACAUUGGCCGGAGUCUACGGCUUCUGGAAGUAUGUCUCUAAGCUGGAGAGGCGUGAAACCCGCCGCUACCUCGAGAUGUUUUACGGCCUUAAAUACCGCAAUCUGGCGCAAUCUGUUCCUUUGGCCGUUGAUGAAUAGAUCCAUGGGCAGGUGUCCCGCUCCUCACACAGUGGAUAGGGAGACUAUGGGCGGGAGCUUUUAUGUAGGUGCAAAUGGAAUAGUUUUGUGUUUGUUCUCACCUUUUCAUUUUCUUUCCUCCGAAUAAUUGAAGCUUUGCAUGUAUUCUGUGGGAAUUGUUUGAGAUUGCAAUGGGAUAUGCAUUCUCUCUUCUUUUUGUUGUUGUAAAUCAAGUACGGUUGUGUGAUACUUUCAUUAUAAUGCAAGUGAACAAGAGUUCUGUUGUAACGUCA